AUGAUCAUUCGGACCGCCGGCCUCCGCCUGGCGGCGCGGGGGUCGCGGUUGCUGUCCACGCGUGCGCUUGUGCUGAACGCUGGCUCGUCCUCGCUCAAAUACGGCCUCUUUGAGCUCGGUGCGGAGACCAAGGCGGUGUGUUCGGGGCUCGUCGAGCGUGUGGGUAGCGCCGGCUCGAGCAUUACUCACAAGCUGGGCGACAAGAAGACUGUGCUGGAGGUGGAUCUCCCGGACCAUGGCGUUGCGCUCGAAAAUGUGGUCAGCAUCCUCACCGAGGCGGGCGGGCCCAUCGGCUCGGUGGACGAGAUCGCCGUCGUUGGCCACCGUGUUGUACACGGAGGGCCGACCCUCACCAAGCCGGCGGUGGUGGACGCGGCCGUGGAGGCGGAGAUUGAGCGCUGCGUGCCACUCGCACCGCUUCAUAAUCCUGCCAACCUGCUGGGCAUCCAGUUCGCUCGCAAAAUCUUCCCGACAGAUCACGUGGCCAUCUUUGACACUGCCUUCCACUCCACCAUGCCGCCUGACUCCUACAUGUAUGCGCUUCCCAAGUCGUUGUACGAGGAGCACGCUGUCCGCCGCUACGGCUUCCACGGCGCGCGGCACUGCUGUCGUGCCCCUAAGACAGCCGAGCUGCUUGGCAAGCCGGAGGACUCGCUCAACCUGGUGAUGUGCCACCUCGGCAAUGGCGCGAGCAUGGCGGUGAGCAAGGGGGGAGUGUGCAUCGACACCACGAUGGGGCUGACGCCGCUCGAGGGGCUCGUGAUGGGCACGCGCUCGGGCGACGUCGACGCGGGUGUGAUCCACUUCCUCUCAAAUCACCUCGGCUACUCGAGUGAUAAGAUCGACAAGCUCCUGAACAAGGAGAGCGGGCUGCUCGGCUUGUGCGGCUCGUCCGACUGGCGCAACGUGUGCGAGGAGGCGGACAAGGGCAACGAGUCGGCGGCGCUCGCUCGCGCGCUCUCCAUCCAGCGGAUCCGCAAGUACCUCGGCGCCUACCUCGUCAAGCUCGACGGCAAGUGCGACGCGGUUGUCUUCACCGGCGGCAUCGGCGAGAACGAUGCCAACCUCCGCGAGUCGGUCUGCGCGGGCCUCAGCAAGUUUGGCAUCGACAUCGACUCGACCAAGAACAAGGUUGGCAUGUCCGAGGUCCAGUCCUCCUUCGCGAGCGUCAAGACCCUCGUCGUGCCCACCAACGAGGAGCUCUCGAUUGCA